GUCCAAUCGAUCAGAGAUCAGAAAUAGUCGCUAACCGGGGAACAACAUGGAUCGCUGGCAAAAUCGCUUGGCCGUCGUGACGGGUGCCAGUUCGGGCAUUGGAUCGGCCAUUGCUGUGGAUCUGGUCAAGGCGGGACUCACGGUCGUUGGACUGGCACGCCGCGUGGAGCGCGUCCAGGAGCUGCAGCAGCGCCUGCCCGCCACACGAAAGGAUAAACUGGUGGCCCUGUACUGCGAUGUGGGCAGCGAGAGUUCGGUGACGGAGGCCUUCGACUGGAUAAUCCAGAAGUUCGGCGCCAUCGAUAUACUCGUGAACAAUGCCGGCACUCUGCAGUCGGGCCAGUUGGUGGACAUGAAUCCGGCGCUUAUGCAGCAGGUUAUCCAGACGAAUAUCAUGGGCGUUGUCCUGUGCACACAGCGCGCUGUUCGCUCGAUGCGAGAGCGCAAAUUCGAUGGCCAUGUGGUGAUCAUCAACAGCAUUUUGGGGCACAAGACCAUGACCGCCAGGGAGGACGUUCUGCCCGAUGUGAAUGUCUAUCCGCCCAGCAAGCACGCGGUGACUGCCUUGACAGAGGGCUAUCGCCAGGAGUUCCUAGCCCUGGGAACACGCAUUAAAGUUACAAGCAUCAGUCCUGGUGUGGUGGACACGGAAAUUCUACCGGAUAGCAUCAGGGAUGCCAUCAGCGGACGCAUGCUUCACUCUGCGGACAUUGCCCAGGCGGUCCUCUAUGCCAUUGGCACACCCCCACAUGUCCAAGUGCACGAGAUAAUAAUCAAGCCCCUGGGCGAGACCCUCUAGAAUAUUGUCCCUCAAUUAUAUUCUCUUAUUUUGUAAACUCUUUUUUUUUU